UGCCAUUAUCAGGUCAUUGGGAUAAUGAUUUUGACAAUAACAUUGCUAAAGUUGCUUGUGAUAAUGUGUUAUGGGGAGCUAAAAAUCAUAAACAUUCACUUGAUUGUUUAGAUUUAACUCCUGAUGGAUAUGAUGAUUAUAUUAAUAAAGUAUUUGAAAGUCUUAAAGAUUGUAGAUCUACAUGUUUAAAUUAUAGAUUAAUUGCAAGAAAAAUAUAA